AACAGGGAGUGUGUAGAUUAUGUGGAAAAUUCACUCAGCAGAGACACCUAAUCAAAAUUUUUUCUAAAAUUGGAUUGGCAAAAAAUCUUGCUUCAAAAGUGCAUGAAGUGUGUGGCAUAGGUAUCAACGAGCAUGACUGUAUAACGAAAGUCGUUUGCCGAACAUGCGAAUCUUUUAUUACCAAGGUUGACGAGUACAGGAACUCUUGUCACAACGUCCAAGGUGAACUUAAUCGAAACAUGUCUGUCAAGAGAAUGCUGCUACCAGAAGAUUGUAACACAAUCACAAGCAAAAAUGAACCUUCUCGUAAGAAAUUAUUUGAUUUAACAAACGUACAAAGUGCAGAUAACAUUGAUAAAGAGAAUAUUGAAUCAAGUGACAGUAUUUUGAAAAAAUUGAACAAUGUUUUUGGCACAAAAGAAGUACCCUUUAUUGGGAAAUUAAUGUGGGAGACACCUGGUUUUAAAGAUGUUUUUGUCAAAUUAUUACUCUCUGAUCUGAAUAUGGCAUGUAAAAGUCUAUGCAGGAGAGAUGAAAAUGGUUCAACUUUACUUAACAAUACCUAUGAUGGACUUUCAAAUUUGCAGAUCAAAAAUAUCAAAACUGAGAUGUUGAAAAUCCCCUAUUUUGUCGAUAUUCUGGAAACAAUUGCUGGUGAUAUUGAAAACAGGCAGAGUGAAAUAAAAUAUGCUUUCAUUUACUCAAUUCUGAUGCAGUCACGUUGGCACGAACUAAGUUUAUUUCAAAGAAUUAACACCACUCUUUUAAUAGAAGGUGGUUGCAGUAAACAGUUGCAGAUACGGUUUCAAAGAUUAGGUGUUUGCUUGUGCCCGAGCAGAAGAGAGGUUUUAUUGGAUUUGAUUGGUGGUCAUUUUCGUGAUGGUGUCAUUGAUAAAGUUAAAGGUGGAGCUGUGUUUCGAGGGACAGGAGAUAAUUGGGACAUAAGAAUUCUCAAAGGUCAUAUGCAUAAAAACAAUCAAAAUGAAGAUCUCCAUCUAUUUGCCACAAAUUUGAUUGAAAACCGUCUAUCAUUUGACCAUCUCGAUAAUGACAAUCCAAAACGUGAUAUUGCAUUAUUACCACUGAGUACAUUUUCAUUAAACAUUGCAGAGUGGAGGGAAUAUAUCAGAACUUCAAAAAUUUUGGUUGGGCGUAUUUUGUUGGAUUUUUUCCCAAAGUUCAAAUUUCUGAAAUCAUUUGUUCCACAACACAUUGAUCAUCAAUAUAGCCACGAAAUGGGGGAACGGUCAUUCAUUGCAUCUAUGCCUAUCAUUAAUGCAAAUGAAGCACACUAUGCUGAUUGUGUAAAGAUACUUCGAACGUACGAAAAAUGGAUCGCAGAAAUUUACCGUGAAACAGGCAUGUUGCAAAACAUGCCAAACCUUGAUGAUGGACCACUUCUUGAAACCUUCCAAGCCAACCCUGGUCAGAAAUUUGCACACAUCAAUUUUACAGAUUCUGAUCCCAUGAAAGAAAUGAAAAUUGUGUUUGGUGGCGAUCAAUUAACACGUGUAAGAUUUGCUGGUGCAAAAGAUUUACUAGCUGGUGCACAUACUCCUAGCCAUCGAUUUGAACACUGCUCUCCUUUUAAACCAGUAAUGUGGCAUACCAAAGCAGCUCUUUUGCAAUAUUCAUACCACCUCUUGCAUAAACCUGAAUCCAUUGCUGAGAAUGGAACGAUAAAGUAUUUUAGGGAGAAGCUUCGUCGAAAAAAUGUUACUCCUGCUAAAGUACUCGAUUCUUUUGAUGGUUGUGAGGAAUUAUUUAUCAGUCUUGGACGUGCAUAUAUUGUUGUUGCACUGAUGAAGUUUUUUGGAAUGGAAAGUUUGGAGGAUAAACCAUCUGUUUACCCUUUCCCUACUAACUUUGUUCAUAAAUCUGAUGCUGAGAAAGACGCGUAUAUGAAUAACAUAUUGACAAAGUUUUUAGAUGAAUACUUGCUGUAGAAAUCCCCACCAAGA